CACGUCUCUUUUCUAAUAGGAAUGUAAUCUAAUCAAGCUUCAAUUCCCUUUUCUGUGUGUCUCCGUGCGAAUAUCAAUCCUGUUGGUCGUGGCUGUUAGGUUAAAAUCAAACUGAAGUACAUAGAAAGUGUUAAAAGUGUUCUCUCUAGUCUUUCGUGUAUACAAAAAAAAUGUCAGCUCCCGAGUGGUACUUUCUGCGAAUAAGUUGAAGUGACAAAAAACGAAUACAGUUGAAAAUUUCUUUUAUGUAAACUCGUAAGAAGGAAAGCCUUCACUACUAUGGCUGCAGCCAGCCUAAUCGAGAUAUUCCUAUUCAAAGCUUGCAAGGAGAAAUGGCGUCACCCAGUGCGGAAUAUACUAAAUACCAUUUUUCCAAUAGUAGUUAUCGCGCUGUACGUAUUCAGCCGUUCCGGUUUUCAACGGGGAGGUGCAAAAAGAAGCAAUUUGGAAACCUCCGCUGUAGUUUCCGCCACUUUGUCUCAGGAUGACUUGGUGGGAUUCUACCCAACCGGAUACUCGAACAAGCUUUUCUACUCGCCGAGCAAUGACUUUACCAAGGAGUUGAUAGAGCUUGUUCGUCUCAAGCUAUUCAUCACCUUCGAUCGAGUGGAACCAUUCGAAACGGCUGGCGAAAUGGAGCAGGCAAUCAUGACGGGCCAGGAAUUCUACGCAAUCGACUUUGCGACCAACUCAUCGGAAGCACGACUCUCGUACACGAUUCGCAGCAAGAAUAAUAACUUUCGCACCGAGCAAAUCUAUUCCCGCGAUUUGUACAGUAGCUAUCUGAAAGAUCGCAACGAAUACUUCGAGAGUGGAUUCCUUGCGCUGCAGUACGCGAUAGAGAAAUCCUUUGUAGAAAUUCGAACCGGGCUUUCUGAAGAAACGCUACCAGAAUACAACUUCCAACAUGUACCACUAAUGGCGGACCGACCGCAGGAGUCCUCGGAGAUCUUCGUCGUGAGUAUGAUGCUGGCAGUAUUCAUAUCGGUUGCCUGUACCUAUUUGCUGCUUGUCCCGUUGGUGGAGGAGAAGAGCUCCGGCAUGAAGGAAUAUCUCAAGAUUGCCACUCCGGCCAGCUACUGGAACGAGGUAGCGUACGUUAUUACGAACUUUGUCCACCUAGCAAUCAUUGCCGUAGUGUGUAUGAUCAUCACAAACACGGCGGCCGUAUGGGAGCUUACAGUUGCUCAGACGAUUUGUGCCUACUUUCUCCUGUUUCUGUUUCUUAUUUGUACCAUCACGUUUGCCUUCUUCGUUAGCACACUGCUCGAAUCGGUAACAAUUGCGACAAUUGUGGCUCCAAUCUGCUUCUUUGCGCCAGUCAUAUUUGCUUCGACGCAAAAACAGUUCGAGGCAUGUCUAACGAUUUUUCCGAUGGUUGGCCUAAAAGUUGGCGUUUCGAUUCUACACGACUAUCAGAAUUCCUGGCACAGCUUCAGCGCGGGUGAUGCCUUUGUGGCCGGUUAUCCAGGAAACAUUCGGAUAAGCCUCAUCGUGGUCAUGUUAAUGCUUAUUCUUGGUACAACAAUCUGGACUUUUCUUUGGUUAUACAUUUCUAAUGUGUGGCCAGGACGGUAUGGCACACCGAAGCACUGGUUGUUCCUGUUCAACCGAGAAUACUACCAAAAGGGUAAAAAUAAGGUACAAAAUGGUUACGAUCGGUCCAGUCUAACAGACGGUGAGGGUAGUAGUGGUGCCAAAGGAGCGAUGGAAAAUGGAGACCACUUGGAGAAAGUUGUCAGGAUCGAUCAUUUGAAUAAAAUAUAUAAGACCUCCUUCGGGACGCGAACGGCCGUUAAUGAUCUUUCGUUGCGAAUCUAUAAGAAUAAAAUAACGGCUCUUCUUGGUCACAAUGGAGCGGGCAAAACAACUACAAUGAACAUUAUAACCGGAAUGACGCCACGCACGUCUGGAAAGAUCGAAAUCGACGGGGAAGACAACGCCAACAAUUACCGGCAGCAAAUUGGUUUCUGUCCACAGCACAACGUUGCGCUGAGCUUUUUGAAUUGUCGAGAACAUUUGAUCUUUUUCGGGGCUCUCAGAGGGAUGAGCAUAUCGGAAGCCCAACAGCAGGCGGAUGAGAUACUGGAGAAGGUCAAUCUGUACGAUAAAAGCGACCAAAAAGUUUCAAAGCUGUCAGGUGGAAUGAAACGACGACUCUGUCUAGCGAACGCAAUUAUCGGACGAACUAAGCUGCUUAUACUGGAUGAGCCCACGUCCGGGUUGGAUCCGGAAUCACGAAGAGAUAUCUGGGACAUUCUAUUGAAACUGAAGAAAGAUCAUACCAUUCUAAUCACGACACACUUCAUGGAGGAAGCCGAUGUGCUCGGGGACUGGAUUGCUAUCAUGGAAAACGGUGAGUUGAUUGCGUUCGGCACUUCGAUUUUCCUGAAAUUCCACUAUGGAAAAGGCUACACUCUGAAACUGUUGAAAAAGGACAACUUUAACCGAGUGGCGGUACUGUCGAAAAUAAACCAAUACAUUCAGGGGGCAGUGGAGAAAUCAACGGUUGAGCCCGUUUUUGCCGUCACGUUGCCGUACAUUUGCAUCGAACAGUAUGCACCGCUGCUGAAGGAGCUGGAAGACAGCAAAGAGGUGCUCGGGAUCGAUUCUAUUAGUGUGACGAAUGCGACGCUGGAGGAAGUAUUCUUGAAUUCAUCCUCGGAUAAUAAAGCGCUCGAGCAAGACCAGAGCUUCGACGUUCCAGAUGCUCCCAUCAAACCACGAGCUUUGUCCGCCAGCAGUACCCAGCCAAAACCAUCGGUAAAGCUCUGCGAUCAGUUGCUACAGGUUUUUCUACAGCAGUUGAAAGCGAUUGCCUACAAGAAACUAAUACACGUGAAACAAAACGCUCACAUUUACGGCUUCAUGUCGGCACUGCCGAUUUUUGCGACUUUCCUCUGUUUUCUGCUACACAGUGGCUAUUCGAGUGCUAAUUACGGUUCAAUUUCCCUGCACCAUUCGACGGUGAAGCAUGCGUUCGCCGUUGUUGUGCUGAACGAUAAAGAUCGUCCGUUCGAUAUUGAGGCCCUUAAGGGCGAAGCCUAUUUCGAGAACCUAGAUAUAAUCGUAGUAGAGGACCAACAGAUCGAAGGUGUUCUGCGCCAGGAGGGCAGCAAAAACUGGGAGCGCUACCAGGAUGCAUUGGUGGCAGCCGUCGAGUUUAACGUCAGCGAACGCAGUUUGAAAAUUUUGCACAACAACAAUUUGCUGCACAGUGCGGCCAUCGCAGCGAACCUCGGAAGUAAUCUACUGCUUCAUUACUACGGUUACCCAGAAGCGGAAGUUACCGUUCAGAAUAGUCCCUCAACCCGCAGACUUCAGGUGUAUUCGAUGACGCCGUACAUGUUCACAGAAUCAAUUGCUUUGUUGUUUAUGCUCUAUAUACUGCAAUAUCUUCAAUUACCCUACCUGGAAGCGUCGAGCGGUUUCAAGCAGCUGCAAAACAUCAACCGAUACGUGUACUGGGGUAGCACGUUUCUGCUAGACUUCGCCUUUCAUACAAUCAUUUGUUUGCUAGUGUUCGCACUAGCCGUAAACAUGGAUCGUGAUGAAAUUUUCAGCAAAACAGAACACAACCAAAUUUUGACCAUUCUCCUACUGUACGGUAUUGCUGCCCUGCCGGUAAUCUACAUUAUCAGUCAGAGUGUAGACAAAAUGGAUACGGCCGUAACGUUCAUGAGCUACCUGAUGAUUGUGGGCUCGUGUGGAGUGCUGCUGCUAUCGGAUGGAUACGAUCGAAUACGAGAAAACGAGAGCUUGAUUUUACUAUUCCAUAUCGUUCCGGAGUUCGCUUUAAAGCAUUCUGUACGGGUGGUCUAUGAAAAUCAAAAACUUACCAAGAUAGAAACGUUACUUCGGGCGAAUUCUAUUGAUCGUCAAGGUAAAAACGGGGUUCCACAACUCAGGUUGACUUUCAUCUAUGUAUUGGUACCGUUGAUGGGAACCAUUUUGUGGUUACUAUUGAACCUAGUAGUAGAGGACAUGUAUCGGAUGGAUGCGAUUACCAACGCUAAGACGCGACUAGCAGCUUUCAUUAAACGAUGUUGCAAAUCAAAAAAGAAUGGCCUAGAUCAGCCAGAUUCGAACUACGAACUCGAUUCUUCCAGUGUCGAUGAGGAUGUCGAUGCUGAGUCCAAAAAGAUCCAAGAAAUGGUGAGCGGGGAGCCACCGGAGUUUGCUAGGCAUAGUAUCGCCAUUCAUAACUUGCGCAAAAAAUACCUAAACCUACCGGCAGUGAAGGGUAUCAGCUUUGCAGUCAAACAAGGUGAAUGCUUUGGACUUUUGGGAAUGAAUGGAGCUGGUAAAACCAGUACUUUUCAAAUGAUUACCCGCAAUUUACCGAUAACAGACGGAACGGUUUACUUGAAUGAGCUGGAGAUUCGACAGUGCUCCGGUUAUCACUAUCGGUCACAGUUUGGGUAUUGCCCCCAAGGAGACUCCCUGCUCGACUUUAUGACCCCCUAUCAAAUAAUUAACUACUGUGCGAUGGUAAAAAAUUUACCGGAACGAGAAAACCUUAUCAACCGUUGGUUAACCGAUCUGGACAUUCUAUCCUUUGCUCAUAGUCGAAUAAAUGAGUGCUCGGGUGGCACCAAGCGUAAAGUAAACACAAUUCUCGCCAUGUUGGGUAAUCCUCUUGUUGUAUUCCUCGAUGAACCUACGACGGGUGUUGAUCCCAAGUCUCGACAUUUUGUGUGGAGCAGAAUAAAAACACUCCAGCGGCAUGACCAAACAAUCAUUCUUACCUCACACAGUAUGGAUGAAUGUGAGGAAUUAUGCAAUCGGUUAUCGAUUAUGGUCGACGGUAGGCUACGCUGCAUAGGGUUUAUCCAGCGGUUAAAGGAGAAAUAUGGAAAGGGAUUCAAUCUGUUUCUUAAGCUGAAAAGUUGCAGCCAAGAGGAUACCUGCAGGUUGAUUACUGUAACACAACAGCAGGUACCAUGUAUACUCAAGGAAGAACAUGAUGGCAUGUUGAAAUUCCUUGUACAAGAACGGAUACGAUUGUCGGAGUUGUUCAUGAAAACGACGACGUUAGUGGCGGACCACGAUCAACUGAUCGAUAAUUUUUCGAUUAACGAAACUUCGCUGGAGGACAUAUUCCUCAGCUUCAGGGCACCGUCGGCAAUCUCGCGGUGUCAAGAAGUUUAAGUGAUACUUAACGCUAUUCGGUCUCGAGAACAAGCUUUCCAAUGUUUGGUAGCAUAAAGUAAUAUGUAGGAUAAUGUUUGCGUGCUUGCAUGAAUGUUUGUGUGCGUGUGCUUAUGUCGAAAAUGUAUGAGUUCGAAUCAUUCUCACGACAUCGGAUAGAUAAUUCGAUAGAUAAAAUGUGUGGAUUUGUUAUUAUUUCAGAAAUUUAUUUGAAAAAAAAAAUUGUUUCUAAGUUUCAGUACCGCUUACGUAAUUUUAAAUCAAGUGUGAUCGAUUGGAUUCAUGUUCCUCCAGAUCCUCUUUGGCUGAGUUGUAGUUGCGAACCUAUUAUGUACUUGUUCUGUUUUUGUUUGUUUGGCAUACAUUCUUUGUUUUCUAACAAAUCAUCAUGUAAAACUUGAGAAUUGGCCGUUUACAAAAUUUAGGGCAACUAAACAUUGACUUAUUUUUUAUAAAAAAAAGUCACUUACCAUUUUAUAAGAGCAAGACAUGUUCAGAUUCCUAGGAAUCUUUCAAUAUCGUAUUUUUGUAUGCAUUCACACGUGCUCAACAAGGAAACCCAAUGAAUAGAACUCUCGUUACAAGUUUUAACAUUUCGACUUUUGUGUUUUUGCACUUUUGUGGUUCAAAAGAAAUAUAUACAUAGUAUUUACGCCCACAAUAUUUGAGCGCGAUGCCAAUCAGGCCAAAACCAUUAUUGUUAUCUAUAAUACCUAUCCAUAAUACCUUAGAGACAACCACUUCAAACAGGUGCUUAUUUAAUGUACUGUUCACCCACCACCUUCACCGUUGUUUGAUCAACACUUAUCUAGAUGUGUGACAUAACGCUUUCCUGUAGGAUUCGAUAGUCACGUAAAACUACCGUACUUCACUCGGCACAGGUGUGUGAGUGACAAUGAAAGUUAGUCACUAGUUCCAGAUUUUACAGCAAUUCCUCAUUGUAUUAGGAACUAGUGCUACGAUCGUACUAAUUUUAUCUCCCCCAUAUGUGAAUCCUCUAUGACUACCAGAAAUGUAUUAUUUUAUACCGAGAAUACUAUCUUCUUCUCGGAAACGAUGCUUUGAAAAGGGAAAUUUUUUAAAAACAUUUAAAUUUUUUUGUGAUAGUAUCAUUAGAUCAGUUUUCGAAUUAAAAAUCAAAACCAAUUUACCCAAACAGAUACUCUUAGGAAUUACUAUUUUCAAAUAAAGGAUUUAAGUUAUUAUUAGUUAAAAAACCCACAAAAUAAAUAUUUAUUUUCUUGUACCGGAGAAAAACCUUCGUUUAAGUCUGA